ACCCCCGGGACCCGUCUGUGUGGCUAAGCGGCGACUGAGGACUGGAGAUUACUUCUGCAACAAAAUCACCAAUUUUCUCCUCAAAGCACAAUGUCUCGAUCACGACAACCCCCCCUUGUGACAGGCAUCUCUCCAAAUGAAGGAAUACCAUGGACAAAGGUCACAAUCAGAGGAGAAAACCUGGGAACUGGCCCCACCGAUCUCAUAGGCUUGACAAUUUGUGGACAUAAUUGCCUCUUGACAGCAGAAUGGAUGUCUGCAAGUAAAAUAGUGUGUCGAGUGGGACAAGCCAAAAAUGACAAAGGAGACAUUAUUGUCACUACCAAGUCAGGUGGCAAAGGAACUUCAACAGUCUCUUUCAAGCUACUCAAACCUGAGAAAAUAGGCAUUUUGGAUCAGUCUGCUGUAUGGGUUGAUGAAAUGAAUUAUUAUGAUAUGCGUACUGACAGGAAUAAAGGAAUUCCUCCAUUGUCCCUACGUCCUGCUAAUCCACUUGGCAUUGAGAUUGACAAAAGUAAAUUUUCCCAAAAAGAUUUAGAAAUGCUGUUCCGUGGAAUGAGUGCUGAUUUUACAAGUGAGAAUUUUUCAGCUGCUUGGUAUCUCAUAGAGAACCACUCAACCACCAGUUUUGAACAGCUCAAAAUGGCAGUCACCAAUCUCAAGAGACAGGCUAACAAGAAGAGCGAGGGCAGUCUGGCUUAUGUGAAAGGGGGUCUUAGCACAUUCUUUGAAGCACAGGAUGCCCUCUCAG